AUGGACGCAGAGGAGCGUAUGCACAAGUCAUCAGAGGAAAAGAAAGCGUGCAAAGAAGAAGCAGCAGAUGUGCCGCCGCUGAAUGCUGUCGGAACGAGCGUAUCGCGGCAGGCGACACAAGAGACGGUGGGAGAUGUACAUGUGAUUGUACAAGAGAUAGAGUCAGGGAUGCCGACGCUGGUGGCGCCGUCCCUGGUCCAACUAGAACUCGGCGGUCAGAUCCCGAAAAGCGAGCAGGAUGGGAUGGUAGUACCAGACGAGCCAACGCAGUCGAAAAACGGCGAAGUCGUCGUGUUGGAGCCAGGGCCGAUACCCGACGGUGGAUACGGUUGGGUUAUUGUCGUACUUCAGUUUGUCAGUCAAGCUGCGACGUGGGGGAUGAUGACGGUGUAUGGCGUGUUCCUGUCUUGGUUCCAGGAGCAUCAUACGUUUGGGAAUGAACCCCCCGUGUCCUUUGGAUGGAUUGCAGGGACUGCAAUCUCGACGGGUUUCCUGUUCUCGCCAUUGACGGCCUAUGUUUGCAAACUUUUACCCUUGCGCGUCACUCUCGCUAUUGCACAGACGAUUCUUGCACUGGGAUUCAUCUUGGCCGGUCAAAGCAAGACUGUUUGGCAGUUUGCUCUCACACAAGGCGUCAUGUGUGGACUGGGAAUUGGGCUUAACUUUAUGGCGACGCAACCCUUGAUCAGCCAGUGGUUCCUUCGAAGACGCGCAUUAGCGAUGGGGCUGAGCUCUGGUGGAGUUGGGGCCGGCGGAUUGAUAUUCAGCUUUACGACCAGAAUGGCUCUUGCCGCACAUGGAGUUCGGAUUGCCUAUCUUAUCAACGGACUCGUCGUGUUUGUAAUGCUCACUCCGACGACACUCCUCUUCCGCCCUCGCAUGCGCGUUCUUCACCCGCGCUUCAAGCCAGUCCGGCCAGGCCUGUGGAAAAAGUUUCCGGGGCUAAUCUUCAUCGGUCUCUGGUCGUUUUUCAUUAUGCUAGGGUAUUUGAUACCUCUGCUUACGAUUGCGACGUAUUCGACGCAAGCGGUCGGGUUGUCCCAAGCACAAGGAGCCUCUAUCCAGGCAAUGCUUGCUGCGGGUCAAUUAAUUGGCAGACCAGGUUUAGGACUUGCAUUGGAUCGUUUUGGACGGAUCUAUAUGGCGUCUGUCGUCUCCUUCCUCUCUGGGCUGACAUGCCUAGUGAUAUGGAUGCUAGCGAGAUCACAGGCCGUUCUACUUGUGUUUGGACUAUUGAAUGGCAUCCUGAGUGGCAUCUUCUUCUCCGCGCUAGGACCACUGCUGUCCGAGGUAGUACCGUUACAGGUAUUUUCAGACUCGCUAUCGCUCAUUUGGCUCGUGACGGCGCCAAUAUCGCUCGUGGCACCGGCUAUUGCGUUUGCGCUCAUCGGCUAUUCGUCUGCACACCAACCAGAGGGGAUGCAACAACAUAACCCGGGUGUGUACCAUGUGACGAUUGGGGUUGCAGGAGGUGCGAAUGUGCUUGCUGGACUUGUUUUGUUGGGUGCUCGGCGGUACCAGCGGAAAGAACAGGACCGAUAA